GAAAAUUAAUAUGAACUGUAUUUUUUAAAUUAGUGGAUAUGAUAUGUCAGAGAGUUGAGUACAAAUCUUGGUGGUUACCGAGAAUGAGAGCCAAAGAGGUAUGCAGGUGCAAGAAUUCAUUAGGGAGUGUUUGCGCUUAUGCAAAUAGCGUGAUAAUGUGAAUCUUACCUGUGCCUAAAUUGAAGCUCAGUUGCCUAAUCUCUAUGAAGUUGUCUCUAUAGCAUUUAUGUUAGUGUGAGAUUCUGCUUUAAUUACAAGAUAUGAAGCAGGUGAUGUAUGAUAUAGAGUAGUUAGGUUGAGAAGAAGCAGAGAUUUGCUCUUGGGUAUAAUUCUGAUUUUUAAAAGGACUGCUAGUGUGUUUGAAGUUUAGAUACGUUUUAGGUAGUUUGAAUUGGGACACAUGAGAAUGUUGAUAUUAAAGGAGUUUUGUUUUAAUCAUUAGCUCAGAUAUACUCCUCUUUUAUGAAUUAUUGAGAGUGCUGUCAGAAACAUGCUUUUGAUAAGAAAGGGUAUGGUUUGUGGCAAGGCAGUCUGUCUUCAAGUUGGUGGAACGUAGUUUAUGAAGAGGUGGUGAGUAAAUUUAUUUGAUGGUAUGAGGUAGUAAUGAAGGUGGCUUUUGAACUUGGCAUUCUAGGAUUAGUUUUGUUUGCUGUUUGUGUUAAGGUGGUGGAGGGAAACCUCUGAAAUGCUGUUGUUUCCUCAUGCUCUUAAAUUAAAAUACUGGUUUCUUUUCUCAUUGUGUGUAGGCUGAAAAAAGACUGAAAAAAUCAGUAGCAACCUGUGGUCUUACAGAGUUGUAUAGUGCAGUUGUCCUCUUUGAGGCGUUAAGUUUACUUUUCAAACAUGGUUGUGAGCCACCACCUGCUUUGGAACUCUGAUUGCAUCAUGCCUUUGUAUUUCAUUUAAUCGUAGCUUUUUUGCUUCCAGUCAGGACAUGGACAUUUGCUUUGGGAGUAACGUGAAAGCCAGACUGUGAUGGCUUCUACAGACUGUGCAUGCUCUCUGUCUCUGAAGAUCUGGGUUGCAGACGCGGAGAGUUUAGCAGAAAGCAUUACGGAUCUGUGGAGCUUCUUAUAUCUAGUGAUGCUGAUGGAGCCAUUCAAAGAGCUGGACGGUUCCGUGUGGAAAAUGGCUCCUCUGGUGAGAAUACAGACUGUGCUCCGGGUACGUGGCACAGAACGGAUGUGCAUUUGGAAAACCCAGAGUAUCAUACGAGAUGGUACUUGAAGUAUUUUUUGGGGAAAGUUCAUCAGAAUUAUGUAGGUACAGAUGCAGAGAAGAACCCUUUCUUUCUGUCUGUUGUACUGUCUGACCAAAAUAAUCAGCGCAUUCCUCAAUACCAUUCAAUACUUUGGAGAAAAACAGGUACUCAGAAAAUAUGUCUCCCUUACAGUCCCACAAAAACGUUAUCAGUGAAAUCUAUAUUAAGUGCUAUGAGUCUUGAUAAAUUUGAGAAGAGCCCAAGAGAAAUUUUUCAUCCUGAGAUACAAAAGGAUUUAUUGGUUCUUGAAGAGCAAGAGGGAUCUGUGAAUUUUAAAUUCGGAGUCCUUUAUGCUAAGGAUGGUCAGCUUACAGAUGAUGAAAUGUUCAGUAAUGAAACUGGAAGUGAAAGCUUUCAACGAUUUUUGCAUCUCUUGGGUGACACAAUUACUUUGAAAGGCUGGUCAGGCUACAGAGGAGGACUGGACACUAAAAAUGAUACAACAGGAACCUGUUCCAUCUAUACGGUUUUUCAAGGGCAUGAAAUUAUGUUCCAUGUUUCAACCAUGCUGCCAUAUUCUAGAGAGAACAAGCAGCAGGUAGAAAGGAAGCGACAUAUUGGAAAUGACAUUGUCACUAUCAUAUUUCAAGAAGGUGAAGAUUCUUCUCCAGUAUUCAAGCCAUCCAUGAUUCGCUCUCAUUUUACACAUAUUUUUGCUUUAGUGAGGUAUAAUAAGCAGAAUGAUAGUUACAGGCUGAAAAUAUUUUCAGAAGAAAGUGUUCCUCUCUUUGGGCCUCCCCUUCCAUCCCCACCUGUGUUUACAAAUCACCAGGAAUUCAGGGAUUUUGUGUUGGUGAAAUUAAUAAACGGUGAAAAAGCCACCUUGGAAACACCAACAUUUUCUCAGAAACGUCAGCGCACUCUAGACAUGCUGAUCCGCUCUUUAUACCAAGACAUGAUGCCUGACCUACACAAGGGAAAUAACAUGCUUAAUAGAAGAUCCUUCAGUGAUGUGUUACCAGAGUCCCCAAAAUCAACACGGAAAAAAGAGGAAGCUCGACAAGCAGAGUUUGUUCGGCUUGGUCAGGCGUUGAAAUUGAAAACCACUGUGAAAGGGGAUACCACAGCUAACUUGGCAACCACAAGCUUUUCUAAAAAGGAGCCUUGGGAAUCUCAGUCUUUCUACAGUAAUUUUCCUCAUGAGGUUGUCUGUGCAGAUUCUUGGGGCCAGUCCUUGCUGGUUUCUACAGAUGCUGGCAUCUUGUUAAUAGAUGAUGGUCAGCCAUCAGUGCAAGUAUUUGAUAAAACUCUCCAAAUAAAGCAGAUGAAUGUGUUGGAAGCUCUGGAUCUUUUGAUUGCCCGAACAGACAAAGGGAAAGACUCUCGUAUCCUUGUCUUCAGACUCAGUGCUGUCCAAAAAGAUAUAGAGACAAAAAAAAUUAUAAGAAGCAAAUAUGACUGCAGAGAAAAUAAACUGGAGAGAACCAAAGGCUGCCAUUUGUAUGCCAUUAAUACUCACCAUGGAAGCGAACUGAGGAUUGUUGCAGCUAUUCGGAACAAACUGCUUCUGGUCACAAAGAAAUAUAAUUCGGAUGACACUUCAGUCAGCACCUCACUGCUAUCGUCUCCUGAAUCUCCAGUAGAGGAGUUCCAGUACAUCCGGGAAAUAUGCCUUUCUGACCCUCCAGUGGUUAUGACACUGGUGGAUGGACCUACUGGAGACAGUGACAAUAUGAUCUGUGUAGCAUAUCGGCAUCAGUUUGAUUUAAUUAAUGAGAGUACAGGGGAGUCCUAUAGAUUGCAUCAUGUUGAAACAAACAGGGUUAAUUUUGUUGCAGCUAUUGAUGUGUAUGAAGAUGGUGAAGCUGGUCUACUGUUGUGUUAUAACUAUGUUUGUCAAUACAGAAAGGUAUAUCCUUUCAGUGGAGGUUCUCCACUUGUCCAGCCAUCAGCUUAUGACUUCCACUUCAGCUGGAAUCAAGUUCCUUAUGCUGUUGUCUGUGCUUUCCCUUAUGUUCUUGCCUUCACUACUGAUUCCAUUGAGAUCCGAUUAGUGGUGAAUGGGAACUUAGUCCACACAGCAGUUGUGCGUGAGCUUCAACUUGUAGCAUCAAGGUCGGAUAUUUAUUUUAAAGCUACUGCUGCAGUAAGUGGAUCAUCUGACAGCAGCUCUAAGGAAAUGAGUUCAAAGAGUUCUCCUCAAACACCAACAGCUUACGAAAAGCCAGAAUUAUCUCUUCCUUCUCUAGAAGGUGAAGUUCCAUGCAAAAACCUGUACAAAAUACCUCUCAGCAAUCUGGUUGGGCGAAGCAUUGAACGACCUCUGAAGUCACCUUUGGCUCCCAAGGUCAUCACUACUACAUCGAGUGGCAUUACCUCUCUUCCAGUUACGCACUCACUACCUUUAUCUCGUAUGGAAAUUAAAGAAAUUGCAAGCAGAACACGUAAAGAAUUGUUGGGUCUCUUGGAUGAGCCUAUACCCAAGACAGAAAGUGCACAGAAGCUGAAAAAGGUUUCUCGAAGACAGUCAGACCCUAAGCAGGGAGCUGUAAGAUCAUCUAGUAGUGACAGAAUAAUCUCAAGCUCGUUUGAAGGCUAUUCUGAAAGACGUCAUUUUUCUACUAGUUCAGAUCCUGAUACUUCAGCAAACAAGGAGGAGAGCUCACCAUCUAGCUAUCCAUUUCAGCUGAUUUCUUUAUAUGAUGAAGACAUCAUUGACUUAAAAUGAAGACACUUUUAAAACCCUUCUUCCUUACUUCACAUUUUCUUACAGCUCUGUAAGCUCUAUGGCAAUGUCACAAACACUGCUUCUGGUAGUAAAAUGUGGCUGAAGUACUGGUGAUAAAUCCUUAUGGAACCUGUGUUCUGGUUAGCACACCCUGAUUUGGCAAUGCUUGUAUCUUUGACGUAGGUAUGUUUUCUCAGUUAAUGAAGCAUUAUACUUUUCAUGGCAUUCUAACAGUAGGUAAUCAAUGGGAGAUUUAGGCUGAAACUCAAGUAAACAAAAAGUAUUACUUGUUCUAAGCUUCUUAUAAUUUGACUCACCUAAAUGACAUGCAGCAAAGUUAAUUGCUGUUAUUACUAUCAUGAGUUGUUUUACAACAGUGUACGUCAUGUUGGAAGAGGAAUUUUAUAACACAGACCACUACUUUUGGUUUUUCGGUCUUUAAAAAACAAAACAACAACAGUGACAAAAAAAAGGCUUGCAGGCAAGGUCAUUUCAAACACUGGAGUCAGGCCCUAAAUUGAUGUAUCUGUGGUAUGUUCACUGAAGAAUCAGGUGAGAUAUGAAGAUGGUGUUUCCUUGGCUCAUUGCUUAGAGAAACUUGAAAACACUUUUGGCAUAAAGAAUCUCUGGGCAGAGAACCUUUCUAUAGGACACACAAACUUCCAGAAUAUUUCUUAAAAAUUGGAAACUGAAAAAACUAAAAAACCACAAACAAAUAAAAAAAUCCUGAAACAAAAACUCCGGUCCAUCAACUGGAAAACUCCUAUUGUAGUGCAUCUGCAGAUGUUUCCAUUACAGGCAGAAAAGGUGACCCAAAUUGUCUUUGACUACAAAAAGAUUCUAAUGCAGAGGUCAUCAUUACCUGCUGUCUGUACUUGCACCAACAGUAUAAGUAAUGAUUUCAGAUAGUUGUAUUUUCUAACUGGAUGCAGACUGAAAUUUCAGUGGUAAUAAGGUCUUCUGUGAUGCAACAAUGAUCUUGUCUCUUACUGUGUUAAAGAGGAGUUUAUAUUUAAAGUUUGCUUUUUUUUAACCCUUUCCUCUAGAACACCUUUGCAAGGAUUUUGUUUGGUCGUGGUUUUUUUUUUUCAUGAAAGCCUUUAUCUAUGAUGUUUUUAGCUUUAUUAGCAAGUGUUUCUUGUUCUAAAUGUAGAAAUACUUCUGUAUCCUUGAUUUUAUUUCAUAAUACCACCCAUGUGUCAUGAUUUCACUUUUAUUCAAGCAUGAUCAUCUGGAGAAGCAUGCCUUUUGCUGCCAUCUGUCUGAAUGUAAAACUGGUUUUGCAAAGUGAUUUUUUUUUCUGUUUGUUGUAUAAUAUGGCUGAAUUGCUUCGCUUAAGAAAAUAUGCAAGGUCUUACCUGGAAUCAUAAUUUCUUACUCUCAACUGGGGUAGCUAAUCAACAGAAGAAGCAGUAUUUUCAAUAGUAAUUAGUCUAGGAGCAGAAGGCUAUUAUUACUUUAGUGGGUUUUGCACUCAUAAAUGUGUGGGGUGAACCUUAAUAAGCAUCUAAAAGGAAGUACCAGAUUGAAGUAUUUACCAAAAUUUGUAAUUAUUUUUUGAGAAUGUUGUUUGCAGAGACUACCCUAUCCUUAUUUAUUUGGACAGAUAAGGUUUAAAGAAAAUCAAUCUGAAAGUACCACAUUGUACUUAUUUUCCUGGAAGUUGUAAACACUUCUGAAUCCACUUUUGGAGUCACUGCUGACACAUAUUUUUAAAAAUGAAAAGAACCAGCUUUUUCCAAGAACAGCUCUCUCAAUGUAGUAUUUGAUUUCUGGUUUGUGCCUAUUUUUGAAGACUAUCAGUAUGUUGCAAAACUGGGGCUUUAGUUAAAAUUUUAACUGGAAACUUUGCUUUACCCUGUUAGGAUACUGGAUUUUAAAUAUACUGCAGAUGUUCACCUGUGCUAUCACAGCACGAUUUAAAAUUAUUAACUAUUGUUUGAUAGCAGUUGAAACAAUAUAUGGAGAUUUUUAAACUUGUUUUGAAGAACCUGAGCAAACACAUACUUACGUAUCCUGAAAGACUAGCCUUAGAGCUGGAGCACUAGGGAGAACAAGAAGAAUGAUAAAAGCUUGACAGAAAGCUUGACAACUGUCUAUGAUGGUAGUCAGAAUGCAUACAGAUACAGCAUUUGCAUUACAUCGUAAACAUGAUUAUAGAAGAAAGGGCUAUAAAGCAAGAGUUAUUUUCUUGAAUCAGAAGUGCAGCAGUGGCUGUAAAGUAUUACCAUUAAUUAAGAGAGUGUUGGGGGAGUGGGAAUGUGUCUGUGUGUGUGAGAGAAAGACCCUUUGAAGGUUUGCCUGUAAUUACAGCAUUGAUGACAUCUAGCAAAUGAACUAUAAGGAGUACAGAUACUGGAUUACUGAAGCACAAUACCAGAUCAUACUGGCUUCAUGAUACAUACCUGGAACAGGAUAUUGGUAUCAUUUGAAGAGGGAAGCCCAGCAACUGCAUCCCUGCCCACCUGCCCCAGCUGCUUUUAUGCUAUAGCAUGACUUAAUGGGUCUGGUACAAGCUACUAAGCAAGUCACACUGGGAACUACCAGACCUUAACAGACUGUUGCUCAUAUAGGAGAGGAAGGAGCUGAAUCCUGAGAAAAAAUUAAUGUCUUCAUUCUUAAUGUAUCCAGUAAGUGCCUUGUUAAGUUUUUGCUUCUGUACUUAGAGUGUCGUAGAGGGAUAAUAUCUAAUGUGGCAAAAGAAGUAGAGAGCGAUACAACAUUUUGUUUGGGUUAUGUGACACCUAGAGUUCGUAGCUGAGGCUUUACAGUCAUGUAUAUGUCGUUUACUACCUAGUUACUGUAUGAGAGCAACCCAGAACAUAGGUAGAAGGCAGAGAACAUGGAACUAAUAUUCCAGUUUUAUUUGCCACAAGCCACAGGAACCAAAUUCUGUGAAGUUCUUUAUCACAUUUAUUGUAUCCAAAAAAAAAAAAUUACCAACACAAUAAUGUGAAAUUGCUAGUGUACACAACCUUGUACAAGGAUGUGGCUUCUUUGAGUUUUUAGUAGUCUGAACAGACAACUAUGAUUUCCAUGUCUCUUCAUGUGAGGAGAACUAGCUUCUAUCUCAAAACAUCAUCCUUACUAUACAGACCGCUAAUUAAAACUAGAGGCAGUUGGUGGUAUUGAUACUGAAGCUCUUGUGCAUCAUUUAUAAAGGGCACAGUUCUUACACACCUGUGGAACCUCUCCUUCUUAAGACUGGCGUAAGAUGACAAGGCUUGUGGGAAGGCUGCUGGGAUGGCUGUAGUGUUGUUUACUCCAGCGUUGGAGCCAUGUUGUUUGCCCUCUGUUUUUCCAGCAUGUGCAUGCAUAUACUUUCUAAAACUUAAAAAAUAGUCUUGGGCACAAACUGUAGCCAUGUCCACUGUAAGCACAAGCCUUUCUGCUUUCACAUCAGACGUUCAAGCUGCCUGUAGGCUACAUUCUUGGUGCUUGCUGAUCAUCUCAUGGUUAGGAGAAAAGAUAAUCUUUGAAUCUACUAUGUAAGAUGGGUGUUGUUCUGAAUGGAAAACAGAAAAAUGUUGCUACAGAUGGACGGAAGGAAGGAAUUAUUUCUGUGAAGGAAGAAUUGUUACCAGAUUGAACACUUGCUAAGGCUAAGUUUAACUGAAGGCCCAUUCUGGACUCUUGGCUAAGUUUUUGCAAUAAAUACUUUCUGUCCCAAUGUGCUGGAUUUGUAGGCAACAGCAGGACUCUUAACUCCUCCUGGCUAAAUGGUGUUGGUCACCACUUCAUCCCUGUGCCUUAGUUUGACUAAAUUAGAGGAAUGUCAUUUACAUUGGUGCAAGCAUUAGAUUGUAAGGUAGUUAAUUUAGAAUGUACUUAUGUGUUCUCACCAGCAUGGUUAAUAAUGCAUGGAAACACAAAAUAGUUGAGGGUAGAAAGGACCACUAUGUUAUCAUGUAUUUCAUUACACACACCUGUGCACCACCAUUCAAAAAUCUGUUCAAAAUGGAUAUGCAAGAUUUUGGGCUACUUGUCAUCUUUGUCAUGCAUUUGAAUUACAGCAAAACUAUCACCACAACUUUGAAGUGUAACUAGAACUUAAGAACCCCCAGACACAUAGCUAAGUUAAUUCACACAUACACAAUAUGGAGCCCUUAAGGCUUUGAUGAGCUGUUUGCAAGGUCCCUAAAGCCCCGUUUGGGCUUUAGAAGCCAGUACAAAGAGUAAUUUUUGUCCAGUUCCUUAUUCCAGUGGCAAUCCAGUACACAUAAAUAUUUUAAAUAUGUUCAAAAGUAAUGAAACACUUCCACAGUACCAAGAGAACUGCUGUCUAGGUUCAGUGAAUGCACGCAUACAUUCAGUUUCCUGCUUUGCAAAGAAGUAAGGCCUAUUCUAAUUACAGUCCUUUACUAGUUUGGGGGUGUGGCAGGGAUUCUUGGCUUGGUUUGUGUGGUUUCUGGAGGCUGGUGGUAUGGGCAGGUUUUUUGUUGGUUUGUUGGGAUUUUUUUUUUCAGGUUUUGGAGGGGUGUCUGGCUGGGUUUUUUGGUUGUUUGGGGGUUUUUUUUGGUUGAUUUUUGGUUUUUUGGGGGUUUUUUGUUGGUUUGCUGUUGUUUUUCAAUGCAUAACAUACUUGCAAGUAUGCACCUGGAAUGAUCAACAGGUUUAUUCUCUGCCUUCAUGUGAUUAUUUCUAUAAAUGUGCAUGUAACUUGUAAUUGAUAGAUUCAAAUUGAAUUUUUUAGUACUUGACAGUAAACAGAAUAAAUAUUUAAACAGUACUUAAGAGGGCAGGGAAUGGGUAACGUUAUUGCUUAACUAGUUACAUAUGGUUAAGGUUGCUACUCCUGACAUAUAUUUUCUGCUGUUCUAAGUGUAUUUGACCAGUAACGGCUGGCUCAAACAUGUUUUUCUAAAGGUGUGGGUCUAUAACUUGUCCUUACAGAUGCAGUGGCUUUUCCAGAGCUGUUGGCUUAGUCUGCAUUUGAAAUCUAUAACCCUUUUCAUUUGGAUUUGGUUUUUACUAUAUAUACAUAUAUAGGUGUAUAUAUAUUUGUAAUUUCUACUGUAAAUUUUCAGGGAUUAAAAAUCCCGAGUUAUAUAUAUAGGAAUUUAAAGUAAUAGGAUCAUAAAAGGCAGGGGAAGGGAAAAUCCCAUCAGUAAGUGAUAAGGUAUUUCCAAAUAAUUUCUGUUGCCUUCUGUGUAUGAAAAUGGGUAUCACGCUAUUUUCAUUCUUAACAAUUCGAUGUCAUGGUUCAUAUGCACAGUGCUUGCUUAUUCUGUUAAAGCACUUGUUUUCUCAGAUAGGCUUAAUCUGUUUUUGUGAAGGACUAAAUUAUACUCUGGGGAACCCAAUAUUAACAAUAUGGGAAGGCUCAAGAGAUUAUGCAGCAAACAUCUGUACUUGCAUGCAGGUUAGAAAGUAUUUUUACUCUUAUUACUUGAGCACAGCAACUUCACCAGCCUGUAUACUGCUUAGCUGCUUCACUUUGUUGCUGACCUGUAACUGACUGACUCCUCUUUGCUACUAGAAGCUGUGGUACUAGCAUCUGACUUGAAGAGAAAAUUGAGACAAUUUUCUGCAUAUUUACCUGGUUGAAUGGAAAAUGUUAUGUAAAGGUUUAUGCAUUAUCAAUCUAGAAUGUCAGUUUAAUUGUCUUUGAAUGGUAGCAGACUGCUUUGUAAUUUCAUAAUGGCAUAUUGUUAAGACUGUUGCUACGUUUGUGAUCAAAGACUCUUUACCAUUGGUCCUAAAUGCUGAUGUAUAACCAUUGUUUUUAAUGUCAUAUGAUAGCAUGCAUAGCAUGCAUGGUUUGUAUUUUAGAUACAACAUCCAAAUAGAAACAGUCCUAUUACAUCUAAAACUGUUUUAAGUGCUAUUUAUCACCUUUGUGAAGAAGAAACGUUAUUUAUUUCUUCAUCUAUAAUAAACUAUAAAUUUGACCCCA